AUGUUUUACUACCCCGCGGUGCUAACACAUCAGACCGGAUGUUUCUCUACAAUCUGGCUCGUGGCCACCAAAGGGAUCAGAGUUACUCGCCGAGAUUUCCUCAAAGUGAACGUCAAAAGCACAUGCGAUGACAUCAUGAAUUACCUGCUGCAGCGGGUCCCGCCCCCUCGACCUGGUCUGCCUCGACCUCGCUUCUCCCUGUACCUGUCCUCCCAGCUGCAGUACGGCGUCAUCCUGGUCUACCAUCGCCAGUGUGCGAUUCUCCUCGAGGAAGUUCACACCAUCGUGGGUCAGCUGGUGAAACACAAGAAGUCCAAGGAAAUUGAUAUAGAGGAGCAGAACAGACAAGCUCUGCUGCUCCCGGAUGCUCUGUCUCUCCUGGAGGAGGCAGAGGGAGCUCUGGAUCCUUUAUUCGGAGUGAUGCACAUGCAGGAGGCCAUGCCGAGUCCCAGUGCACUGAUGCAGAUUGCAGAGGAGUAUCUGAGAGAAUCCUCUCCUGAGCUUUCUGAAGGAAGCAGCCCGUCUCCUCCUGCUGGUGCUCCUCGUCCUCGUCCUCCUGCUGCUGCUGCUGCUGCACAGGACAUUGGCAUGACUUCAUCAUCAGACUCCAUCACCCUCAGAGAGCCCAAUCCUCUCUUUAUCCCCAUUCCAGAGUUUGAGGGGGUGGAGCUUGUUGAUCACGAUCUAGACACUGUUGACUUACUCAUGGCCCAAGCAGAUCACUUUCCAGAAGGGGAUUUGGAGACGUUGAGAGACGAGGUGCCACCUGGAGAACAAGAGAGGGAGAUGGAACGGGGGGGAGGAGAUGAAGAGCAGGACAAAGACAGAACAAAGGAGACCACAGGAUCCACCACUGAAUUACAGCCCACCGUUCUCUCCGGUGAGGAGCCGACGUUGUUGCCUCAGGAAGAGCCUGUCGUGUCAGAGGAGAGGCCGGGACCCCCCCGAGGCCACAUCACCCCCGUGUCUGAGCCGGUCCUCCCGCCGCCGCCGUCCGCAGGGAAACGUGGGAGGCCCAGCCUGGGGUCACAGGUACUGCCCCCUCCAGAGGUGAAGAGGAGGAGGAGGAGGAGGAAGAGGCAGCUGGUCUUCUUCGACCCAGAGACGCAGAUCCCCCAGGAGGCGCUGCAGCAGCAGAUCGACAACCCUCUGACUGAGACCAGACGUCCACCUCGCCCACUGCCCUCUGUCGCUCAGAGCUCUGCUGCUGAUCUCCUCAACAACCCAUGCACCUUCUUGCCUGAAGAGGUGCUGUCUCUAUGGCAACAGGCGGCGAAAAUCUCGCCCCUCUCCGGCUCGGACCUGCAGGUCGGAGAGAGAGGACCCGAGUCCACGGACUCUGAGAAAGAGAGAGAUCGGGAGAUGGUGGAGGUGUCAGAGAGAGAGGAGGAGAGACUGGAGCUCAGCCCCAGAGAGGUCCAGAGAGAUUUGGAAGAACAAGAGAAUGAUAUUUCAGGCCUUGGUACGCUGAGCCUGGAGGGCUCUGACCAAAAGGAAAGAUCUCGAGAGAUCUCGCCCAUGCACUCAUUGGAGAAAGAAGGGUCCAUUGUCUCUAGGUCUGUUUCCGUCCUGCAGGACAUCCCAGAGGUGGUGGACGAGUUUCUGGAGAGACCAGCGGCCGAGUCUCCAGGGUUAUUGCCGGAUGAGGAUGAAUCUGCACCUGUGCUUUUUCAGUCUCUCCUGCCGCCAGAGGCCGACCGCCCGACUGUCAGCAUCAUUUUUCAGAAGCUCCUGGGGAUCGCCUCGUCCAGGAAAGUGCGUGUGAAGCAGCGGGAACCUUACGGCGACAUUUGGAUAACACCUGGACCCAACUACAGAGAUGUGCUGCAGACUUUGUAACAAGUCGCCACCAGCUUCCUGUUCUGACAUUUGUUCAGGUUCAUAAUUCUGUAUUCAAUACGACAUAACACAGAAAUAGUCCCAUGUUUUGUCAGUGAUCAUUUCCUAAAAUUGCUUGUUGCAUCUUGUUGACAUGUUUGAGAUUAUUGUGUUUUUUUUAAACUUUUUACCUGCAUUUAUAUUCAGGGUAUUUAUUCUGAGUAUUCAGCAUGAAUUUACAUUGUUAAUGUGACUCAUAACCUGUAUCAACUUCAUGAGCUUUUCACAGUUUUUUACCAUUUGUAGUUUUGAUAUUUUUAAUGAGCUGAUCUCAUGUUAUU